UCCUGAAAAGGAUUUGAAGACAGCUUGAAGGAUAAAAAGCCUUGGUGCUUCCCAGGAGCCGAGCCGAGGAGCAGAAGAGGAAGAGCCGGGGGCUGCCGUUGCCUUUGGAGAUGGACGAGCAGCCCAGGCUGAUGCAUUCCCAUGCUGGGGUCGGGAUGGCUGGACACCCCGGCCUGUCCCAGCACUUGCAGGAUGGGGCCGGAGGGACCGAGGGGGAGGGCGGGAGGAAGCAGGACAUUGGAGACAUUUUACAGCAAAUUAUGACCAUCACAGACCAGAGUUUGGAUGAGGCGCAGGCCAGAAAACAUGCUUUAAACUGCCACAGAAUGAAGCCUGCCUUGUUUAAUGUGUUGUGUGAAAUCAAAGAAAAAACAGUUUUGAGUAUCCGGGGAGCCCAGGAGGAGGAGCCAACAGACCCCCAGCUGAUGCGACUGGACAACAUGCUGUUAGCAGAAGGGGUCGCAGGGCCCGAGAAGGGUGGUGGCUCAGCGGCGGCAGCAGCGGCGGCGGCAGCUUCUGGAGGUGCAGGUUCAGACAACUCAGUGGAGCAUUCCGACUACAGAGCCAAACUUUCACAGAUCAGACAAAUCUACCACACGGAGCUGGAGAAAUAUGAGCAGGCAUGCAACGAGUUCACCACCCACGUGAUGAAUCUCCUGCGAGAGCAAAGCCGGACUAGGCCCAUCUCCCCAAAGGAGAUCGAGCGAAUGGUCAGCAUCAUCCACCGCAAGUUCAGCUCCAUCCAGAUGCAGCUCAAGCAGAGCACGUGUGAGGCCGUCAUGAUCCUGCGUUCCCGGUUCCUUGACGCCAGGCGGAAGAGACGGAAUUUCAACAAGCAAGCUACGGAAAUCCUGAAUGAAUAUUUCUAUUCCCAUCUCAGCAACCCUUACCCCAGUGAGGAAGCCAAAGAGGAGUUAGCCAAGAAGUGUGGCAUCACAGUCUCCCAGGUAUCAAACUGGUUUGGAAAUAAGCGAAUCCGGUACAAGAAGAACAUAGGUAAAUUUCAAGAGGAAGCCAAUAUUUAUGCUGCCAAAACGGCUGUCACUGCUACCAAUGUGUCAGCCCAUGGAAGCCAAGCUAACUCACCCUCAACUCCCAACUCAGCUGGUUCUUCCAGUUCUUUUAACAUGUCAAACUCUGGAGAUUUGUUCAUGAGCGUGCAGUCACUCAAUGGGGAUUCUUACCAAGGGGCCCAGGUUGGAGCCAACGUGCAAUCACAGGUGGAUACCCUUCGCCAUGUUAUCAGCCAGACAGGAGGAUACAGUGACGGACUCGCAGCCAGUCAGAUGUACAGUCCGCAGGGCAUCAGUGCUAAUGGAGGUUGGCAGGAUGCUACUACCCCUUCAUCAGUGACCUCCCCUACAGAAGGCCCUGGCAGUGUUCACUCUGAUACCUCCAACUGAUCUCCCCGCAAUCGCAUCCCGGCUGACCCUGUGCCCCAGUCGGUGCAGGGGCAGGAGGGAGGGUUUCUCUCCCAACGCUGAAGCGGUCAGACUGGAGGUCGAAGCAAUCAGCAAACACAAUAAGAGUCUCCUUCUCUUCUCUUCUUUGGGAUGCUAUUUCAGCCAAUCUGGACACUUCUUUAUACUCUCUUCCCUCCCCCCCUUUUUUUCUGGGUAGAAGCCACCCUUCCCCUGCCUCCAGCUCUCAGCCUGGUUUUGACAUCUUCCCUGCCCCUCUUCCCCCUGUCCUAGGCUUCCUGGGUCCCUGCCCUCUAUUACAUAACGGAAGGAUAUUUUCAACCAUUAGAGGAAUUAAAAAAGGACAAACAGUGACAAAGAAAAUAAUAAAGGUGUUUGUAUGCUUUCA